CUUCUCAAAAUCAAUUUUUUGCCAUCGAAACACACUGUCAAUAAGCUAAUUCACACGCGCCGCCGCUACCAUGGCAGAAUCACCAUUAUACCAGCCAAUAGAUCCAACAACAUUCGACCUUAUCAUCAUCGGAACCGGUCUAUCGGAAUCAAUCAUCGCCGCAGCAGCCAGCGCAUCUGGAAAGUCCGUACUCCACAUCGACCAAUACAGCUUCUACGGCUCUCACUUCUCCUCUCUCUCAAUCCCCGACUUAACCUCGUUCCUCAACUCCAAUUCCACCACCGCACCGCUACCAUCGCCGCAACAACCGCCACACUCCGAUUUCACGGUAUUAAAUCUCACAACAAAGCCUCUGUACUCAAACGUAGAGAUCACGACAUUCAGUGAGAAUGUUCACGAUCAAGAGUAUAGAACUAAGUUUAAUCUCGAUGUAUCAGGUCCUAGGGUUUUGUAUUGCGGUGAUAAGUCAAUUGAACUGAUGAUUAAAUCAGGAGCCAGUCAGUACGUUGAGUUCAAGAGUGUGGAUGGGAGUUUUGUUGGAGAUGGAAAUGGGAAGUUAUACAGUGUGCCUGAUUCUAGGGCUGCUAUUUUUCAGGAUAAGAGCUUGAGUUUGAUGGAGAAGAAUCGAUUAAUGCGAUUCUUUAAGCUUGUGGAGUCGCAUAUUGCUGCUUCUGGUUAUGAUGAGAAUGAACAAGGAGAUGAUGAAGAAGAAGGCGGUGCGCGGAUUUCGGAGGAGGAUAUGGAGAGUCCGUUUGUUGAGUUCUUGAAUAAAAUGAACUUGUCUUCGAAGAUUAAAUCGAUUAUUCUGUAUGCUAUAGCCAUGGCAGAUUAUGAUCAAGAAAAUGCAGGAGGGAUGGAUAAAGAUCUGCUCAGGACAAAAGACGGCGUAGAUCGUUUGGCUCUGUAUCAGUCAUCAAUUGGCAGGUUUACAAAUGCAUCUGGGGCCUUUAUUUAUCCAAUCUAUGGUCAAGGGGAACUGUCUCCAGCAUUUUGUCGUCGUGCUGCUGUCAAAGGCUGUAUUUAUGUUUUGCGGAUGCCAGUAAUUGCUUUGCUCAUGGACAAGAAUAAUGAUAGUUACAAAGGUAUAAGGCUUGCUUCUGGUCAGGAUAUAUGUAGCCAGAAGCUGGUUCUUGAUCCCUCUUUUACAGUUCUAUCACCGUCAGCCUCUCCUUUGAAUCCUCCACCUGAAAGUUUUCAUAAAUUGAGUUUGGGAGAUGUUAAGCAUAAGGUAGCUAGAGGGAUAUGCAUUUUAAGAAGUUCAUUGAAGCCAGAUAUGUCAAAUUUUAUGGUCUUUUAUCCUCCUCGAUCCUUGUACCCUGAGCAGAGUACAUCAAUUCGAGCUCUCCAUGUAGGUGGCAGUCUAGCUGUUUGUCCUUCAAACAUGUUUGUUCUGUAUCUUUCAUCUUUAUGUGAUGAUGUUCAUCAAGGGAAGAAGUUGAUAAAUACAGCCAUCAAUGCUCUUUUGUCCUGUGCCAAUUCUGUAAAACUUGAAAGCCAAUCCACAGAUCAAACGAGGGAUGCAGAAGUACAACCCAUCUUACUAUGGAGUGCAUUGUAUAUUCAGGAGCUGACUACGGGCAAUUUUGAUUCUAUCAGCUCCACAUCCAUGCCUGAUGGGAAUCUAGACUACGACGAUGUUUUAGAUACAUCAAAGAAGCUAUUUCAGAAGAUAUAUCCAGAUGAAGAGUUUUUCCCGGAGUCGAACUCGCCUGAUAAUCCAGAGCAUGAUGAUGAGCUCAGCUUAAUGACUUAGACGUGAUUUUCUGGACUGUCCACUUUGUGUGUAAAUGGUAAAAGCAUUCGAUCAUUUUCCUGAAUUUGGGUGAGAAACUCCAGACAUUACCAUAUACUGGUUUAAGGUUCCACUGGAAAUUUGGAACACCCACACCCUCAAAGUAGUUGUAAAAUAGAAACAAGCAAAUUCGGAGUUUUCGUGACAUUUGAAAUAUGGAUGAUGGCAUGACGCAAGUUAUUUGUAACCAUAACAACAUUAUAAUCUUUAAAUGUGUUGAUAUCUUUGUUCUAUUA